AUGGGCGGCGCUGAUUGCAUACCAUUAGAUAACGGCAGAAUGACCUCUCACUUAGAUGACACGGAUGAUGAGAAUUGUGACGAUCCUAUCAAAUUGUUUCCCAAUGGUUUUGAUAGCUCCAUCGUUUUUGGCAGUCAGCCGCAAAUAACUGGUUCCGCAGCCGUUCACUGGAAAUUUCCAAGUGAAUUUACACACGAUAUUGUACAUAAUAGUGCAUUAUCUCAGAUACACAGCGAAACCAAUAGUGAGUGUACUAUUUCCCCCAUAUUUGUUAAAUUAGUAGACUGUGUUAAGUUUCCGUGGUACUUUGGAAAAUACAUUGCACAAAUUUUACAAAAAACUGAUCCAAACCAGUUUGAAACUGAAAAUGAGUUUAUUGAUGUAGAAGAAUGUGAUUCAAAUUCAAGUGAUUGUUUCAUCGUUGAAGAUCUUCAUCCAGAAACUACAGGAUUAUGGGACCCGAAAGAAAUGCCAAAACGUUUUAAAAUCGUCAAACAGUUGGAAAAGGCGUCAAGUCAAAGAAAAUUAAGCCAGGUUGAUUUAAAGCGUAAUAUAGGGUUAGUUGGAAUGAAAAUUUGUCAGAAAAAGUCUGUAACAAUAAAACAAGGCGCAUGCAUUGGUAAAACCGCAAGUCAGGUGAUUGCGAAGAGUGACAAAGAAGAAAUGCGUUCUCAUUGUAAAUUAGAUGAUAACAAGAAACCGAGUGAUUCGUUGGUUUUGCCUUUACAUUCAAACUUUAAAUUGCCUAAAAAUAUCACUAACAAUAUAAAUCCGAAACAGAAUUGUGACCAAAAAAAUAGAGACUUAGAUAAACGUCUGACUAUAGUUCCUGUGCAUAAACUAAGUAAAAAAGCGCCUACAUCUUUUGUUCUUAAGAAGUCUUCAAAUAAGUCUACCUCACACGUGAAAGAUAUACAAAAAUGUAACAAGUUUAAAAAUGAUCAAAUAAAGAAGAACAAAACUAAUAAUAGUACUGUGAUAGAAAUGUUCGAGCCAAACAAGACUAUCCCGAAAACUAGUCAAGUUCCUGAAAUACGGCAGAAUCGUGCUGAAAACAGUGAGAACAACAUUGAUAGUCAACGUGAUAACAAGGAAGAACUGAAAUCUCCCAUACUUACAUGCACUUCCUUAAAGAAACCUAAGCUUCUACCUAAGUCUGACAUACCUUCUGCUGUCAUAGGCAACAAUCCAAAAGAAAAAUUAGAUAAAAUAGUUAACAAGCUUAAAAUAUUAAGUAAAAUUCCUCUUAAUGUUAGUUCUACAAUUUCAACCCCCUGUGACAUUCCUACGAAAACUACUCUAACCAAUGAGAUCCAAGAAAAAGCCGGUCCUCCAAUUGGUGUCAUCAGCAAAACACUUUUACAUAAGUUGGACAAAUCUAUAAAACAUUAUAAUAACCACAAUAAGAAUAGAUCUAAACCUGGUAAAUUUGAUAAGCCUCAUUCCGCACAAUCUAAUUCUAAUGAUAUAAAAGUCUCGAUUACUUCAAAUGUCGUUCUUAACGCAAAUCCUAUUUCAUUAGCAAAUAUUGUCACUCCUCUUUGUCCAAAAACAAAUUCUCAUGUAAAAUGUUUUGAUAGUUCUCAAUCCCUUUCAAAUCAAAGCAAGGAUGACUUGACUACUUCUAAUGUGGUUUUAAACACUUCUUCUAGUUUAGAAGCUCCAAAACAAGUCUCUAAUACAGUUGUUAAACCUAACGUGACUUCCACAACUGUAGUCCAACCUUCAAAUGCACCCAAUUCUUUUGUAACGGCAAAUCACGAUCUUAGCACAAAUGACUGUCUGAAACCUCAGUUUAUAGUCCACUCUUUGCCAAAAAAAUUGUUUCACAGAAAUAAUUCUAUUAGUUACACAGCAACUAAUGUAUUAAAAAAUAAGAGUGAUCUGCUAGCCGGAAGUAAACCUGAGCAUCUUAUUCAAUCCACAGAUCCACAAAUGCCUAAAAUGUUUCACAACUCUCAAGUGCAAUGUCAGGAUCAUCGCGGUCCUAAUUUGAACAGCGCUACUAAUAUGGGCAACCAACUCAAUAAUAUUCCAAAUGUAGUCAACCAAAGCCAACCAACCAGUACAAACCAAGACUGUCUUCCCAAUAAUAACAUAUAUCAACAGGCUAAUCCAGUUCCAAACUUUUAUGCAAACCGUGUGUUGCUACCAUUGCCUCCCCCUCCACCGCCAAUGUAUGUUCCACCCCCUUUUAUCUAUCAAACCAAACAGACUAGUUCUAAUUCAAAUUGUAGUACAUCAAUGGUACUAACGAAUCAACUGCCAACUACUACCUCUCAAGAUCAUAUGCGUUCUCUGCAGAUUGGUAAUCAACAUAAUAGUUCUAUAAUAGGCGUUAAUUAUGAUGGUUUAGUGAAAAAAAUUAACAUAGGCGGAGCACCCAAAUCAGCUAAUGAUACGCAGGAAUGUACAAUUAAUAAAAAUGUAGUUUCUAAAAUAUCUUCCACUGUGCAAAGGGAGAUAGAUGCAACUAAGUUACAGAAAUUAAACAAACCGUCAUUGCCAGGUGAAGGAAUGAGCAGCAAAAUAAGUGACAGAGCAAUUAAUGGUACAAAUAUAGAAAAAUCACUGGAAGUUGCAAUAAUGACAAAAAAUCGGGGAGCUUUUGAAACUCUGAAACUAUCUGUGGAUAACAUUAAUACUUAUAUGCAAAAAAAGCAGUCAAAAGGAUAUUCGCCUCCGAUUUUGCCUAUACCGACAUAUAAUAAAGUUUUGAAUCAGGUGAGUGCAAAGGUGUCUACAGACUUAGCAGCAAAAACAAACUAUAUUCCAAAAAUACCGAUGAAAAAGACUGAUUGUGGUAAAAGCAACAAAAGAAAAAGUGGUGCAUUAAAUACAGCCGACAAUAGAAGAAAAAUUGGGGCUAAGAAGAUUUCUUUAGAAGAAUAUAACAAAAGGGCAUUCAAAGACAAUAAAUCUGUGCCCUGUAAAAGAGCAGUUAGCGAUGAUCAAAACAAACAUGGUAGAAAGCGACCAAAUAUAAAUAAGAAGAAUAAUAAUAAUAGGGAUCAUACUACAGAGACUGAUUUAGGAUAUGAUUCAGAUAGUACGGUUGUAUUAUGA